AUCCUCCACUGGCUACAAAAAUAAACAAGAUUACAUUGUCAGUUUGGAACUGUGCGUGUUGUGUAAAGUGCUGUAGGCUAUUUCGGCUUCUUCCAUAAAGGAAAAGACUUGACAAACUACUUUGACUUAGCUUGAUUCAACAACACGUGAUUUUCCUCUAAAGCCAUCUCUAGUGCGCGUUUACUAGAUUCCGCGGGCCAGCAGACAGAAGAGGAGCACGCAGCGGGAGGCGCAGGUCAGACAAACACUCAGCUCAUCCUGAGCUAUCCAGACCGGAGGGAUGUUUACCAUGAAGCCAUCACAAGGAAACGGGGAAUAAUCCCAUCACCUGGAAUAUAUUUUUCGUUAUUGAUUUCUUUUCUUUAUGUUCUUUUUUGUCUAAUUUUUAUUUUUGAUGUCGAGGACUAGAGAGCAUUCCAAACAAACAUACUUUUAUCUCACUUUAUCUCUCCUCCACUUUUCGUUCCAUUCUGUUAUUUAUCAAAAUCACCUCGCGUAAAGGACUGAUGGACAUGUGGUGGAAAGUGGGGCUCGUGCUGGUGAUGUGCUCGGGUCUCCCGUGCAGCGAAGCCCGAGAGGAGUACAGGGAUUCGUCUCCGCGCAAAGCGAUGCUCAGAGCGCCCGUAGAAACAUUGGACUUCGGCUUCGUGCCGUCCGUGGUGUACGAAACGCACGCGUAUUAUGAACCGGGUCCCAUCGGUGUUCUUUUUCACAUGGUCCACACGUUUCUGUACGUGGUUCAACCCAACCCCUUCCCCAAAGAUCUCAUUAUUAAAUUGGUCCAGCAAAACAUGGGAGGAAUCAAAGGAGAUGAUUAUAAAAAGCCAGAGAAUGUUGUAUUAUUACUACAGGCUGCCUACUAUGAGCUCGGCUUCAUAAUCCUGUCAGCACUGGGACUGAUAUUUGUGCUGUCAAUGCCGAUAGUGGGCCUGUUUUUCUGUGUGUGCCGCUGCUGUGAGAACUGUGGGGGUGAGAUGCAUCAGAGACAGAAGAAAAACGGCGACUGUCUACGAGGCUUCUACAUGGCCACACUCAUCGCUACCUCUGUCUUCCUCGCAGUGGGAGUGACAGUCGCCUACGCAGCAAAUCAGAACAUCACAAAUCAGAUCAAGAGCACCAGACGCUUGGUCAGCACUAACAUAAGAGACCUGAAAUCUUUUGCCAGCUACACACCAGCGCAAGUAGACUACCUUUCUGCACAGUACACAACAGCCAAGAACAAAGUACUGUCAGACUUAGACAAUAUUGGGACUCUGCUGGGUGGACAGAUUCAUAAUCAGCUGGAGAGAGAAGUGAUGCCUGCUUUUGACAAUGCUCUUCGCAUGACAGCAGUUAAAGUGGAGGGUGCUAUUAAAGCUAUGCGGGAGGCCAAAGAGUCAUUAGAGAGUGUGACUACAUCACUGGAGGUUCUGCAGGAAGGGACAGGCAGACUCUGGAACUCACUUCAGUCUGAACGUGCAUCUCUCUCAAACACACUCAAUGACCCGGCCUGCUCUAAUGGAGAUGUAACACACACCUGCAACACCAUUCGCGGGACACUCAGCCAGCUUGCUCUCAGCGCAAACUUUCAUGGGUUGCCUGAUGUUAAGGCACCUUUGGCCAAUCUGGAUGCUGUGCUUAAAACAGACCUCAGCAAUAUUGUACAGAAGGGCUACUCUUCUUUUAACGACACAUCAAGGUUGGUCAGCGAACAGACGAGAGAAAUUGUGUUGGAAGUGAAAGGGCUGCUGGAUAGGUCUGGUGGAGAGAUAAUUGGUUUCACAAAGAUGUUCCCGAUAGAACCUGCACUUGCGAACUUCACAAAGUUCCUGACGGAAAGUCAGAAGAACAUUGAAGCGUACUAUCCACAGAUUGACCAGCUGGACUUCUACAGAUGGAUAGGGUGUGUGGUGAUUUGCUGUAUGGUUGUGCUGGUUCUGACCUUUAAUUUCCUGGGUCUGCUGUGUGGAUCAUGUGGCUAUGAUAAAAAUGCCACACCCACCACACGUGGCUGUCUGUCCAACACCGGAGGAAACCUGCUGAUGGCGUCUGUUGGCUUCAGCUUCAUCUUCUCCUGGGUGCUUAUGGGAGUUGUCGUCACCACAUUUGUUGUUGGGGGAAACAUAGAGAAGCUUAUAUGUGAGCCUCUGGCUAACAGACAGAUUUUUAAGAUCAUUGACACACCAUAUAUGGUCCAUCCUGCCAAAAAGAACUUUCUUCCUGGUAUGCUGUUUCAAGAUCCAAACAUCGACCUUACUAUUGGCAGCAUGUACAGAGAUUGUUAUAAUAAUAAUGGUUUGUAUUCUGCACUACAACUGGAAACCAAGUUCAACUUCAACAGGUUUCUCAAUGCCACAGUGUAUAGCCCAGAGCUGGCCAAGAUAUUAAACAGUGUGAAUGUGGAUCUCCAAGGGAUGUUUCUUCUGGAACAGGAGGGCAAGGAUAACCUCAUUGGCUUUGCCAACACAGGCCUUGGAGACAUCGACUAUCAGGCUUAUCUAACUGAGGUGAAUAAAGGAGUUACAGUUGUGGAUCUUUUGUCCUACGCAAAUGAACUUGAAGCUCAAGCAGACCAACUGCCACGUGGGGCUCUUGAGAAUGCGCUCAAGGGACACGCCAGUAGUAUAAGACAGAUCCACAAAGAUCAAGUGGUGCCAAUGGAACAGGCUAUGAAAUUUGUGAAAGCAAGGGGCACUCUAAGUCAAAGCACAAAACUGCUUCAAAAAUUAUCCAGAGAGCUACCUGUUAAAGUGACAAAUGUCUUGAAUGCCAUCGAGGCAGCAGAGUACCUCAUCGCCAACAAUGCCUCGCAUGUGGUCAAACAGGAGACUGAUAAAUUUAUUAAGAACAUUGUGGGAUAUUUUUCACAAUAUACGGAGUGGGUCAAGCACUCUCUGGAAAUGGAGGUCGCCCAGUGCAAGCCCAUCAGCAACAUCAUAGACUCGAUAGAGAUCGUAACCUGCAGCUUCAUUAUUGACUCAGUGAACACUUUCUGGUUUGGUCUGGGAGGAUGCUGUUUAUUACUCAUUCCCAGCAUCAUCAUGUCGGUAAAACUCGCCAAAUUCUACCGCAGGAUGGACACUGAGGACGUCUAUGAUGAUAGUAUGGAUGUUGUUGUCAGUGGUUUUCAUAGUGAGUCUUUAUAUGGCAUAAACAACCCCGUGAUGAGCAGCUAUCCAUCCUAUGACACAAUGAGGUGGUAUCCUCGGGCCUCAGCCCCCCCAAGACAGCCCGACUGGUGACACAAAUUCACACACACAAACACACUUUCAUACGGGGUAUGCAACCUUACAUGCCUCCAACAGUGGUACUGAGAACUAGAACUAAAGAGAGCUUAGCAAGGGAUUGUCAUUCUCAAUUAAGAUUAUGAGGACGACAACUUAAAACGGAAAAAGGGAAUAUAAUCUGUGAAAAAUUAUUCCAGUUUCUAACAAUAAUACAAACUCAGACCUUAACUUGAGUAUUUCAAGCGUAUUCUACGUCAUACAGUUCAUCAUAUAUGGUAAACAGCAGUGUGUUCUUUUUAUACACUUUCAACAAGUUUUUGAAAGUUUUAUAUGUAUUUUGUUAAUAUCUGUUUUAUAAAACGUCUUUUUGUGGGUACAUCUAGAUUUUGUAUUGGACUUUUUAUCACUUGAUAUAAAGGGGCAAGGUCUGUGAUGUCAGGAUGUGCACUGUGAUAUUGUCUUGUUGGUUAUUAAUCGAGAAACCAUGGAAUGCUGUUUCUGUACCAAACAUCUCAAGUCCGUAGGUCAAAGGAGAUUCUGAAGUAUUUACAGUAGAAAGUAAAGUGAAGUACUUCAUUUAUCAAUUUAUAUUUUAGUUCUUCUGUGAAAUGUUACAAAUGUUGUUCUCUGAAUCAAGUGUUAGUUUCAGAAAUGUUUCUUAGAAAGAGAAAAUUUAAUAAUUAUAUUAAAUGCACUGGAAAGUUUUAUUGUCUUGAAAGACAAAUUAAGCCAAUGUUCUAAAAGACUGAGUGAUCCUAUGUGUGAAAUGUCAGUACUUUUGAUACAAGACAAUAAUUAUACCACUAAAAAAAUACUAUGAUAGAUCAGUUUUGUUUUUUUUCUCAUCUUUUUCUUUUUUUGAGUGUCUUAUGUAUUUGAUUUUCUUUUUGUGUCCACAUCAGUAUAAGAAACUGAAAAUAGUUUAGUAUGUCCAGUGUACAAUGUUCUGUAAUUUCUUAAAAUGGUCAUACAAUUCCACAUGGUUUUCUAUUGUACAAACCAAAGGUUUUGCUUCAGUUUUUGUGAAUGAAAUAUAAACUAAGUUCCAAAUCUGUUACUGAUAUCCACAAAUCCGAACAUCUCUCUCAUGGCCCGCUGUGUGCCACUGUAAGCACACACAGUUUGUUUUUUUGGCUCUCAUACAGUACAGAUCUCCAGGAUCUUCUUGUUACCCAUGUUAUGAGACUCACAGGCACUUGUACCAAGUGUUUUGGAUUUUUACAAUGUAAAUCCCACUGGAGGCUGUGUGAUCGUAAAAAUAAAACAAUAAGCUCAA